AUGACAUCCAGCAGACCCCUAUCUGCUGGCUCGCGACCGAGCCUCCCCCUUCCCGCGCCGCAACCCACGACAAACGCGUAUCCCAUGCCCUUGACAAGCGCGACGAGUCAGUCGCAUCACAGCGCGGCGCAGAGUAACUACAUAGCCGUGCCUGGACACGCCGCCUACCAUGGGCCGCCUGAGGCGGAGAGAGCAGCGAAGCGGUUCAAGAUCGAUCCCAGAGGCCUACCAUCGCUUCCGCACCCGGGGGGCGCACCCAGCGCCUUUUCGCACAAUACACUGCCCGCGCCACAGGCAGGCAUGGGCGUGCUUCGGCCAACACCAAAUCCACAAGCGAUACCGCCUUCGUUCUACGGCGUGCUGGUUCCGCAUGUUGAUACUGGGGGUCUCGGAGGCGCUGCUCCGAAGAGCGCCAUGAACAGGACUCCGUCAGUCCAUCAAAUCAGCCAAGCACUGAAGACAACUGGGGAGCCGACGACAGGUGUCCGUAGUCUAGGGGUGGCCAGUCCUCCCCGCCCCUUGUACAUUGACCGCAGACCAUCGAGCAGUUCGGGCCAGAACAUUAUGGAUGGGCCUGCCAUUCGACUAGGGCCUUCGAUAGGACCGCCGCGGUACACGGGGGUACUGGAAUCACACGUCGCAACUCAACAGCCAGGGCUUGCGCGCCAGGAAGUUCCUAGGGACGGAAGACGGCAGAGCUUUCCAAGCAAGCCAACCAUGUCUUCAAUACAACAAAGCCGGCCUUCGUCGGCUGGCUUCAAUACCACCCGACCAAACUACUUUGCUGGUCCUAUUCAAGAGCCACGAGAAGAGGACAAGGAUAGUGUCAUGUCUGACAUCUCGGAGCCUGAUCAGGAUGCACCACGCAAGUCAACAGGGGGUGGCGUUGCUGGUUAUCGUCCGUUGCUUACAACGGCCCCUGUUCCCACAAUCGCAACGGCCCCGACGAUUAGCACCCCGGUCGUGCAACCCCCAAUGGCACCCGCAAGAGGUAGAAGAACCGUAGCAAACCCGUUUGACACGGCACAAGAUCAUCUCUUGAUCUUCCUGAAAGAAGUAAAGCAAUUCAAGUGGUCGCAAAUUACUGCAGAGUAUAACAAAGACAUGGCCCACCGCGAGUACCAUACUCUCCAGAGCCGCUAUUCCUUGGUGCUGAACAAGAGGGACAGAUCACAGGACCCACCGACGUUGAUCUUACCCCCGCGCUUUGCAGCAGAAGCGAACAUUGACUGGCCAAAAGUUCAUAACAUGACUACAUUACCAAGAGGGCCAAGAUCACAGUUCUAUCAAUAUACUGUACCCAAGCCUGCUAAACAGCCGCGCCCAGAGCCCGUAGCACCCAAGUCGCUUCCCAUUCAGCAGACGACUGAGCAUGACUACUCUUCUGGUGGUAAGGCUGCAUCUCAUCGUGGACGGCCACGCCGCGCCCAACGCAUCAACUACACAUGGCCCAAGCACCGUAGUAGGACCGACGAGGCAUUGGCUGAGAAUUGUGCUAACCAGGACAUGUUUGGGGAUAUGUACACUGACGCUAUGUCUACACGCUCGGAAACUCCAGAAGAAGACUUGCCGCGGCCUGCCGCAGCUAUUGCGGUGGACAACGACCCCGUAGAGGUUGAUUUUGACACCGAAGACGCCAGGUUGGGAGUGAUGCUGCAUGAGAGAUCCCGCGGCCCUUUGUCGGAACUGGCACCAUACCUGAGUGCAUCUCAGCGUGCAGCAAUGCAAAAUCCACCCGGCUAUUGCUGGGACCAGCCUUCGAGCCGCAAAUGGCAAGGCCUGCUGCUCCAUGUGGAUUUUAGCCCGGUUGAAGUCAAGGUGGUGAAAAAGACGAUUGCUUCAAUGACGGCGUCGAGAUCUAGACACAGCACGAGGCGAAGACAGCUUCGCGAACUACUUAAAGACUUUACGGAGCCAAAGAUUCUCAAACUUGUUGAAGCUCUCCGGCAGCGUCUUCCUUGUCGAGAGAGAAGCAGCAUUCGCGCCUUCAUCAAAGAUGCGCAGGACGGAAAGAUUGCCAAUGCCCCGCAAGUGCAAAGACUUUCAGCUGCUCGACCUGAGGUCUCGAUGAGUACGAUACACAAGCCGUCCACGCUAUCGAUCUUGCGACAGCGUGAACUCGGAUCCCAGUCAAGGAGAGGGUGGCAAACAGCAGCAAAACCACUGACAUACCAGGUGAAGAACAGUGUCAUGGACACAAUGGGGCCAUCAGCUUUCUGGAUAGGUGCGUCAAGCGACAUACACACGGUAGCGUGGGCUCCAGACGGCGAGCGCUUUGCCGCAGGUGCAGUCGCUGUGGACGACCCAGAUUCUAUGCAGUACAACAGACCCAACAAUCUACUCUUUGGUGACACUAUUCACGGAUCGAUACAUGAGCUGGCUGAACACUACAAGAAACGCGAGAGGACCCAGACUGGUGCUAAUUCCAGCCACGCCAUGUUUGCCUCGCAAGACCCCAAGCUUUACACCACUGUCAGCUCCGUCGCCUUUUCGGCUAGCGGCAGGCACAUGUAUUCGACAAGUUAUGACAGGCACGUGGCCAUAUGGCAGACUGAAGGCGGUUCCGUACAGCCAGUUCUGGGCGCAAAACUCAAUGUCAAGGAUCAAAUCGAUAUCCUGUCUGUAAACCACUCACAUGCUGGCGUCAUAGCAACUGCAGCCCGUACUGAGCGAAAGGCCAUUCGAGUCUUCAGGAUCGACGAAGACAACCCGUCGCAGUUUGCAAAGUCCAACUAUCAAUCGGCCAAAGCCGUCUCGCGCGUUGAUCUGAAAAUGUUGCCCACCGCAUUGCAAUUCGAGCCGCGGUACGGGAGGCUGCUUCUGGCUGGCUUCGGCGCGAAUAUGAAGGAAACGGGCUUCGACACGACUGGCGAUAUCUGUCUUUGGGAUAUCCAGGCCGAGAGCGCUCUCAGUAUCCACGGAUCCAGCAAGAAUAUCUUUGACGUUGCAUUCAAUCCGAAUCGUUCCAAGCUGCCAGUCUUUGCGGUUGGCUGUGUGGCAGGUAACAAUGCCAAUAAAGGAAUGCGCUCGUCCGUCAGGCUGUACGACAUUAAUGAAUCCAGCAAGUUCACGUGUCUUUUGGAGUUUGAAUGCAAGGCUCUGGAUAUCAAUGACGUCGUCUGGUGCCCGCACGAUGAACAUCUUGUGGCUGCUGGCUGCACGGAUGGCCGUACGUAUGUUUGGGAUGCUCGAUGGCCCAACGACCCGCUGCGUGUUCUUUCGCAUGGACAGCCCGUGAUGCCACUGCAAGAAGGCAUCAAACACGAGAUUACCGAUACUGGAGUGCGGUUUUUGUCGUGGGGCGAGAACGCAACGAGGCUGUACUCUGGUUCUUCCGACGGCGUGGUCAAGGUAUGGGACGUUACAAGAGCCAAGGAGGAUACGUUCAUCAAGGACCUCAUUACCACCGACUCGGGCAUCAUGGCAGGAGCAUUCAACAGAGACUACAGUAAACUUGUUAUCGGCGAAGUCAACGGCUCGGUCAAUGUGCUCGAGGUGGGCAGAUACGAUACCUCGCUCAAAGACGCACAGAAGCUACGUUAUGUCCCGUACGAGGAUGAUGAGCAAGACGAAUUCCAGGACCACGAGACGGGCGAGAUGACGCGACCUGCACCUGAAUCAGGUAAUGCUGAGGCCCGUCGUCUCCUUGACACAAGCCAGAUGCAACUCGCGCCCAUGGGCAGCUUGCCGAUCCGACAGGCAGUCCAAGGGCCCAACUACGCAGGUCCAUUUGACCAGAGCGUGGACGCGCCAUUCCUACGCCAGCAAGCCCUGGAAUUCCAACUCCAUCUCAAAACAGCGCCUGGGCCGCAGUGUGACAUCGCAGCUUGCAGGGACAACCUCAAUAAGACGACCAGUGAAGAUGUCGGCGACUCCGGACGAAGCGCAGACCGCAUCCCCGAUGAGCUGCGCGUGCAAUGGAAGGCCCUCGACACAACCACACGCAUUAUUCCAGGUAAAUCCAAAUGCUCGCACUGCGGCCGCCCCGCCCGACCACCCGCAGACUCGACAUGCCACGCUCUAUGCGAGCGCUGCUCCUUUGCCUGCUUCCGCUGCGGCACCGUCAGCCCCAUUGCCCCCGCCACCACAAGACUCAUCUGCGACUCGUGCGCAGGCGCCUGGGACAUUGGCGCCCUCGGCUACGAAUGCAUCCGGCAGCCCAUCCACCAGCGCCCUGCGCUCGACGUCCCCAGCCUAACUAAAUGGGCCAAGGAAAUGUAUACAGAGCAACUGGAGGCUUUUGAUACCGCCUUUGGAGAUGAGAUUAAUGCGCUUUCAGAGUAUUAUCAUGGACUGGCUAUUGAGAGGCCUGAGAGUCCGCUGCUUUGA